AAGUAUAAAAUACACAACACAACGCAGCCUUUGUGCCCUUGUUGUGUUUGUGUUUUUCACUCUCUUGUCUCUGUUUAUCGUGCGUGUGUUUAACAUUCACAUUUACAAUGAACACCAUCUCAUCACUGACCCUUGAUUCUCACGCAAUAUGCAACCCUCAGCGCAGCAUCUCCCUCCGCCAAGUUCGCCCCACCACUCGAAACGUCGUCGUGUGCUCCGCGAAGCCCGUCGCGUCUCCCCCCACCAAGCUCGCCGCCGCCGACACCUCCGGCUGCCGCAUCGGCGAACUGAGCCAGGUCUCCGGCGUGCUUGGCUGCCAGUGGGGCGACGAGGGCAAAGGGAAGCUCGUUGACAUAUUGGCCCAACACUUCGAAAUCGUUGCUCGCUGCCAGGGUGGAGCUAAUGCUGGGCAUACUAUUUACAACGCAGAAGGGAAAAAGUUUGCUCUUCAUCUUGUUCCUUCUGGUAUUCUCAAUGAGGAUACUCUGUGUGUUAUUGGGAAUGGAGUUGUAGUGCACCUGCCGGGGUUGUUUAAGGAGAUUGACGGUCUUGAAUCGAACGGGGUCUCUUGCAAGGGAAGGAUAUUGAUAUCUGAUCGUGCUCACCUGUUGUUUGAUUUCCACCAAGUGGUGGAUGGGCUAAGAGAAGCGGAGCUUGCUAAAUCCUUCAUUGGCACCACAAAGAGAGGCAUUGGACCCUGCUACUCCAGCAAGGUUAACCGUAAUGGCCUCCGAGUGGGUGAUUUGAGGCACAUGGAUACUUUCCCUCAGAAGCUUGAUCUUAUAUUGUCAGAUGCAGCAUUGAGGUUCAAAGAUUUUAACUAUGGCCCAUAUAUGCUCAGGGAAGAAGUUGAAAAAUACAAGAGGUAUGCCGAGAGGUUGGAGCCCUUUAUUGCUGAUACUGUGCUUGUCAUGAAUGACGCCAUAGAACAAAAGAAGAAGAUUUUGGUUGAAGGAGGACAAGCUACCAUGUUGGACAUUGAUUUUGGAACUUAUCCCUUUGUUACUUCUUCUAGCCCAUCAGCUGGUGGGAUAUGCACUGGUCUUGGUAUUGCUCCAAGGGUACUUGGUGAUUUAAUAGGAGUGGUGAAGGCAUACACUACAAGAGUUGGUUCUGGUCCUUUUCCAACUGAAAUUUUGGGUUCAGGAGGUGACCUCCUCAGAUUUGCUGGGCAGGAGUUUGGCACAACUACUGGCCGCCCUCGACGGUGUGGCUGGCUCGAUUUAGUUGCACUGAAAUACUCUUGUCAGAUCAACGGUUUCUCAUCGUUGAAUCUUACCAAGCUAGAUGUUUUAUCAGAUCUUGAAGAAAUACAGUUAGGUGUCUAUUACAAACUUGCUGAUGGCACCCCAAUCAAAUCAUUCCCUUCAGAUCUUCGUCUUCUUGAGCAACUGAAGGUGGAAUAUGAAGUACUUCCUGGAUGGAAAUCUGAUAUAUCUUCCAUAAGAAACUAUUCUGACCUUCCAAAGGCUGCAAGGCUGUAUGUGGAAAGGAUAGAAGAACUUGUGGGGGUCCCUAUUCACUACAUUGGUAUUGGGCCUGGACGUGAUGCUCUCAUAUACAAAUGAGUUCACAUUGGAGGAUCUGGAUGCCUCUAUAGGUAAGUUGAGGCUUUUUGCGGUAGAGGUGUCUAUUCCCGUUAACUCAGUUUUUUUGGGAUAUGAACACAUUUGUAGUGACUAGUGAGGAUCAGCUACAUGAUGUAUUAUGUUGUUAGCCGACAUCAUUGGCAUUUUUUGGGGUUUUUUUUUUUUAUAUAUAAAUUUGAUACAAGGUGUUCACAGUCUAGUUAUGCAAUACUUGUCGGAAUGAUGAGUAUGAAUUAGAUGUAUGAUGAUAACAUCUGCCCUUGUUGCGGUAGUAUUCAUGUAGCGGGAAAAUAAUGAUGUACUUGUAGCCACCACCCAAAUGCUUUUAGCUUUCAACUAUCUACAAAGUUGCAUCAUGGUUUUGCUGCUCUGUGCAA